GCCGGGAACUCGCGUCACUUUUUCAGCCUAGGAAACUCUCCAGGUCCAUGAGCCGGAGGAGCCGCCGCGCGCUCCCUCUCCUGCCGGGCAUCGUUGCGCGGCGGGCCCGGGCCGAGCGGGGGAGGCUAGCCGAGGAGGAGGAGGAAGAGGAAGAGGAGGAGGAAGAAGGAAAACCACCCCCCACCCUCGCCGUCCCCUCCACGCGCGCGCGCGAGCGAGCCAGAGAAAGAAGAGAGGCGGCACCGCCUCGCCUCGCCUCCCUUCUCCGAGCCAUGCGAGGAGGGUCCCCUCCGGGUUGGCUGCGGGGCGCGCGGGCGGCUCGCCGGUGAUCAGCGGAGGCGCCGCGCCGUUGAGACAAGAGAGAGAGAGAGAGCGCCUUCGCCCGGCCGGCCGAGGUGCUGCUGCGGGGAAAGGAAGCCGAGCCAAACCAGCCAAAGCAGCGGGCGGAAAGGCGCAGCCCAGCAGCCGGGAAGAAGAAGAAGAAGAAGGGGGGGGGGUGUUUGAAAAAAAGAAAAAAAAAACCCAACCCAGAGCCAAGGCGUACGGUGCGUUGCGCGGCCAACUUCCUGCAUUUGGGAGGUUGCUCGCCUUCUCUCCGUUGGAGACAUGUCGGAAGGUCCCGAUCUGGUCUGCAUCAAGCAGGAAAGGAUUUCGUAUACGCCGCCUGUGAGCCCGGUAGAUGAUUAUCCUUCCUCAUCACCUCUCCAUGUCCCAUUGCACCGAACCAUCAGAAUGGAGGAAGAAGCCCUCAGACUUCCAGCCCAUUUGCGUUUGCAACCCAUCUACUGGAGCAGAGACGAUGUGGGUCAAUGGCUAAAGUGGGCGGAGAAGGAGUUCUCCCUGAGAACCAUUGACAGCAAUACCUUUGAGAUGAAUGGGAAAGCUCUCUUGCUACUAACCAAAGAGGACUUCCGAUACAGAUCUCCACAUUCUGGUGAUGUAUUAUAUGAGCUGCUUCAGCACAUCUUGAAGCAAAGAAAUUCUCAUAUGUUGUUUUCUCCCUUCUUCCACCCUGGGAAUUCUGUUCAUGCUCCUCCAGAUGUUAUGCUGCAUCAGAACCACGAUGAAGGUAACGACAACUUUAUCUCAAGAGCUGCAAGACAGUCAUCAGACUCGAUGCAUCACAAUCCACCUACCAUUGAACUCUUACACCGCUCCAGAUCACCCCUCAGCACCAAUCACAGGCCUUCCCCAGAGUCUGAGCAGCGGUCCUUGAAAUCCCCCCUGGAGAACACUAUUCGUCGCCUCUCGCCAGCUGACCGGCUCUUGGGCACGCGACAACACCAGGAGAACAACCACCAGGAGUCUUACCCUCUCUCGGUGUCUCCGGCUGAGAGCAACCAUUGCCCAACCCCGUCGGAAGUAGCUCAGAAGCCUUCCAGUCCUCGCCAGGACAAUACUAGGGUCAUCCAGUUGAUGCCCAGUCCGAUAAUGCACCCCUUAAUACUGAAUCCUCGGCACUCCGUUGACUUCAAAGCUUCGAGGUUGUCUGAAGAUGGGCUGCACAGGGAGGUGAAGCCCAUCAACUUGUCCCACCGUGAAGAGCUAGCAUUCAUGAACCACAUCAUGGUAUCCGUCUCUCCCCCUGAAGAGCACGCAAUGCCAAUUGGGAGAAUCGCAGACUGCAGACUCCUCUGGGAUUACGUCUAUCAAUUGCUCUCCGACAGCCGGUACGAAAAUUUCAUCCGAUGGGAGGACAGAGAAUCCAAAAUAUUUCGGAUAGUGGACCCCAAUGGGCUGGCCCGGCUAUGGGGAAAUCAUAAGAACCGAACAAAUAUGACCUACGAGAAAAUGUCCCGUGCCCUGCGCCACUACUACAAACUAAAUAUUAUCAGAAAGGAGCCAGGACAAAGACUUUUGUUCAGGUUCAUGAAGACGCCAGAUGAAAUUAUGAGCGGCCGCACUGACCGCCUAGAGCAUCUGGAAUCUCAGGAACUAGAUGAGCAGAUCUACCAGGAAGACGAGUGCUGAGGAUUUGAUCUACUUCCUUCACUGUGGUUUAUGGAGAAACCGUCUCUGGAGAUCCAUUGGGCUGGGAAAACAGGGCUCCAGGACUUGGCAUUUAUCUUGGACUGGCAGGACCCCGCCAAGCACCUUAGCGAAGAAACAAGAUUGGCAAGGGUGGUGUGGCAACAGCAUUUGGUCGAGAAGAGUGGGAGCCUAGAGCUCUCACCUGGCUAACUUUUAGGACCUGUCUCACCUUGGGCUUGAUUUUUUUUGUUUUGUUUUCAAUUGGUCAGUUUGGGAUAUAUAUAUAUAUAAAUAUAUAUAUAUAUUAUUAUUUUUUUCUAAUUAACCCGUCCAAGUAAUCUUUGGGCUUUUAAAAUAAUUCCUUUUGUAGAGCAGAACGUCAGGGGGCUGCGUACUCCGAAUGCUUUCCUAUGGAAAUUAGCACAACUGUGGGUCAGUGCAGAUUCUCGCGGGAGCCUCUGAAGGAAAGAGAGAGAGAGA